UUUGGUGGGAAGCAUACUAAACAAUGGUUUAAAGAAUAAAGCUUAUGCUUUCACAAUCAAACCAUUUCAAUGUUGCCAAAAAUCUCAUCUUUAUCAAAAUAUACACAAAAAAAAGACAUUUUUAAUGUUUGUCCGAUAACUCACAAACCUUAAAUAGUGGAAAAAUCAAACAUUUUGGGAGAAAGAGAAGAGAGUAAGCAAAAUGUGUUUCAUGGGUAGUCUUAGCCUUAGUGUUAGGCCUAUGUUGUUAUGGCUAAUGAUAAUGUUAGUGUGUGGGAGUGAGAGAGGUUUGUGUAUAAGAAACCCAGAUCGGAUCUCUCAAAUCAAAAUCUCCCAACAAUACCCAUCUCCCAAUUCCCAUUUCAAAACCGCUGUUUUUGCUCUUGGUAGUUUUUGGAGAUCGGAAGCCAUUUUUGGCUGCCUGAAUGGGGUCACACGCACCACCGCAGGUUACUCCGGUGGAUCAAAGAUCAACCCUGAGUAUCGAAGCUUGGCCGACCAUGCCGAAUCUGUUCAGGUUGAGUAUGAUCCUAAGUUGAUUACAUUCAGACAACUUUUGGAAGUUUUUUGGUCUAGCCAUGAUUCUAGGCAAGCAUUUGGACAAGGUCCUGAUGUGGGUAAUCAAUACAGGUCAAUUAUUUUCACAAAUGGAACUGAAGAGUCCAGAUUGGCUGCUCUGAGCAAAGAGAAAGAGCAAGCUAGAUCGAAAGUUCAUAUAGUUUUGACACAAAUUCAACCUCUUGGGACAUUUUAUCCUGCAGAGCCCGAACAUCAGAAGUUUGAACUGAAGCGAAAUCCGUUUCUUCUCCAACUAAUUGGGAACUUGCCUGAAGAGGAGCUUGAAGUUUCCAAUUUGGCAACAAAAAUGAAUGGUUACGCAGCAGAACUCUGCCCUUUAAACAUUCAGAAACAGAUAGAUGCCAAGAUCGGUGACAUUGUCAAGAAAGGGGUGAAAGGAUAUCUUGAGGAAAACAGAUAAAGGGCAGGCAAGAAAAAUCAUUAGCCCUUUUCAACGGCUAGCCAAGGAAAAGAGGAUUAAAUGUCAUGUGUGUAUAUAGAGCUAUAUAUGCAUGAAUGGUUUCAUCAUAGUGAUUCUAAAAUGCAGCAUUGUUAAAAUUAUAAAUUUAUGUAUAUCUUUUUGACAUUGGCCUAAGAGUACUCACACUAGUGAAGUUUGAACUUCCUUACCUCCUUUUUCUCUGUACUAUGAGUGUGGUACUUGAGUACUUGAAAGCUACUGAUAAUAGUGUGAAAAUGCAUCUAAUCUUUACUUGAACUUGUUGAUUUAUUCAAUCAGUAAGAACCAAUUAAGAAAUCACAUACAUGAGAUGUAGAUGUAUCAAUGUCAAAUAACAAAACAGAUAUGUAAGUUCAAUAUUUAUUA